AUGCAUGGUUCAUCCCUUGCUGGAAGCUAUUGGGUGGCAAGUAAGAUAAAAAACUGUUUGAAUGAUAUACCCAAUCUAACACCUGGAUAUGUUAUUAAUGAUGUACAACGUGAUCAUAGUGUCACACUAUCUUACCAUCAAGCAUGGCAGGUCAAAGAGGUCAUACAAAGGAUAAAUGACAGUUCUCAUAUGAAGGCAUACAAUGAUCUCACCAAGCCAUUGAUGGGACUAGAUGAGACUUUUUUGAAAGGAAGAUACAGAUGGAUACUAUUGGCUACAAUUGGGAUAGAUGUGAAUGAAAAUAUAUUUUUCAGAAAAUAUGCGGUGGUUGAGAGUGAAAAUACACCAAGUUGGAUUUGGUUUCUAAAGCUUCUUAAUGAGCAAUUUCAGGAGAUGCCUGAUUUGCCAGCUUUGUCUAUUGUAUCAGAUCGUCAAAAACGGUUGCAAGUCGCAAUUGAAAAAGUAUUCCCAACCAAUGAGCAAGGGUAUUGUAUGUGUCACCUAACUGAUAACUUCAAAAAGAAAUUUAGAAAUUUGGCGCUUACAAGACUUUAUUGGAAAGCAGCACGUGCAAUAACUGUAUCAAGUUUUGAUGAGUACAUGUCAAAGAUUAAUAGUGAAAAUGCUGAGGCCUAUGACUGGAUCGUGAAACAACAUCCAAAAACUUGGGUAAACACAUAUUUUCAGGGAUGUAGAUACAAUGAUUUGACAUAG